CCAUGAUUUACGGUUCUCACGCUAGAUGGCAGUGAGGGUUUGCGGAGGUGCGCCAUUUUUGUAUGACGUGUGCUCGGAGGAGCUGGUGGUGCGCUCUGGUCCGGAGAGACCGGCAGGAGGUCUCACGCGGCACACCGGACUGCGCCAGGUACAGCUGAGGUGACAUGCGGUAGCGUCCCACCGGCCGCCCACCACCACCACCUCCACCAUGGGUCAAACCACUGACGAGCAGCACUACAGCCUAAAAUGGAGCGACUACCACCACAACAUGAUGACGUCGUUCCGCGAGCUGCAGGAUCAGGAGGAGUUCGUCGACGUCACCAUCUCUGCCGACGGCCUCUCCAUGCAGGCACACAAGGUGGUGCUCUCGGCGUGCAGUCCCUACUUCAGGAAACUGCUCAAGUCGAACCCGUGCCAGCACCCGAUCGUCAUCCUGCAGAACGUCUCCCCUGCCAGUCUCGAGUCGCUGCUGCGCUUCAUGUACAACGGCGAGGUGCAGGUGUCGCACGAGCAGCUCAGCGACUUCCUGCGCACCGCUGAACUCCUCCAGGUCAAGGGCUUGUCCGAGACGGGCUUCAAACACCAGCAGAUGGCCGCGCCCGCGCCCAUGCCAGAGGCGGACUCUCUGUCCGGUCGGCGGUCGGCCGACUCUCUCCCCUCCCCGUCAGCCAAGCGGGCUCGCCCGGCCCCUGAGGUGAGCACGCCGACUCCCAGCGUGCCGCUGCCGCCCAGCAUCACGGCCAUCCCAACCUCAGUCCUCACCGCCGCCGGAGCCGUGGAGAACAACAACCACAAGCCGGACCCGGCCGCUGAGCAGCUGCGGCGACUGGAGGAGGAGCGCGAGCGGGCCGAGCGGGCCGCGCCGCCGCCGCUGCACCAGCACCACCACCAGCAGCAGCACCAGCAGCACCAGGAGAAAUACGGCCUGGAGCGUCUCUCGGGCAUGGACAAGUAUCCGGCGCUGGAGAAGCUCAGCUCCAACAUGGAGAAACUCGGCGGCAUGGGCUCACUGCUGGGUCUGCCCGGUUUCGGUGGAGGGCUGCACCAGACCAGCCCGGUGAACCAUAUGCAGACGGGCCCCAGCCCCGACCAGCACCAGCAGCACCAGCAACAGCAGCACCAGCAGCACCAGCAGCACCAGCAGCAGGGUUUCCGACGCGGCAUGGACAUGUUCCGUCUGCGCGCCACCGACCCUCGGCCGUGCAACAUCUGCGGCAAGAUCUACAAGAACGCGCACACGCUGCGCACGCACAUGGAGGACAAGCACUCGCAGUGCGCCGGGUUCCGGUGCGUGCUGUGCGGCACGGUGGCCAAGUCGCGCAACUCGCUGCACUCGCACAUGUCGCGCCAGCACCGCGGCAUCAGCACGCGCGACCUGCCGCUGUUGCCCAUGCCGGCGCCCUGGGACCCCGAGCUGGCGGCGCGCUUCAUCGCCCGCUCCGGAGGCCGCGGCGAGGUGGUGCGCCAGUCGGUCAGUCGCUGGGAGAAGUCCAUGAGCAGCUCACCGGUGCCGUCGCCCGUCGGAGCCGGAGGCCAGGAGAACGGCGCCUCCAGCGACGCCGACCCGUACCGGGUGAACCUGAUGCACCAGCUGGCCGCGCAGGCGGUUACCUCGGCCGCCGGCGGAGGGACGGGCGCCAACGGCGGAACCCCGGCGCCCACAGCGGGCGGCGGCGGCGGCGGCGGAGGUCCGCCGGCGCCCGGCUCCACCGGCUCAGCGGUUCUCGACACGUACCUCCAGAUGAUGGCCGAGCAGGGCCUGGACCUGUCGGUGGGCGUGGCCGGCGCCCGGCGGCCGCCGUCGGCCGGAGCGCCGCCCGCCGGCUCCGACGACGAAGAGGAGCCCGAGGAGGCGGAGGAGGCCGAUGACGGCGACAAAGAGGGCUCCGACCGCUCCGACGAGCCCGACAACGGCGACAAGGAGAACGCCAGCUGUUCGGGCGGCACCUCGGACCGCGACGGCUCCGACUGAGCCGCCCCCGCCCCCGCCCGCGGGCGGCGCACACUCCCAGAGGCGUACACACUAGCUUAGCCGUCCGAUUUUUACCGCUCUUUUGUAGACGUGCGUGCGCGGACGCCGUUAAACGGAGACGAUUCGGACAUAGUCCAGCCCGUGCCAGCGCCAGCGGCGCCCCUAUGCACCGACGACCGUAAGCAAUAUUUAUAAAUUGAGCCUAUUUUGUGACACAAUGUGACAUUGUGUACAGACUGUUGGAUUCCUAGCGCCUUACCGACCACCCAGAGUGCGAGAAGAGCGGCCGGCGCCGGCCUCGGUCGGCGCCGCGGCGUGCCGCGCCCGCCGGCAAGUCAUUCAUACAGGGUUUACUGGUUCGGCUGAGAGCGAACGAGAGAGCGAGCGGCGGGGCGGCCGGCGGGUCCGCGGUGCCCGGCGCACCGUCCGCCGGCCGUCCCGGGCGCCAGCAGUAGAGACAGAGGGUGUCGGACGAGCCGGCCCGAACCGUAGUGACCGCGCCGAACCAUGUGUAAUGUAAAGCAAUAGCCAGCUGUGUCUAGAUGAAGUGAUACUCUGUGCGUGUGGGUAGAUCGCUAUUUUAGUAUACAACUGUUUGUGGCCCGUUGUGUCAGACGUAGGCGCGUGUAGUCUGCUUUGGAGUCCGGUCGACACUCGCUAGGGAAUUUGUGCCUUAGAUGAGACUGAACCGGAGGCCGGGUUCGCGUGCGGCGCGGGCGGACGGGGGGUGCGGGGCUGCCGCCGUGGCCGUCCGUGCUGACCCUGGGUCAGCCGGCGGAGCGCGGCAGGUCACCCAGUGGGGUCCUGGAGAGGUUCAGUUAUGCCGGGAGCGGCGGACAGUGUUAGAUGUUCCGUGCCUGUCUACUAGUCGAUGUACGGGAUGCACGGAUCUCCAGGGAUCUGAUUAGGGUCGGAGAUUCUGUAAAGGGUUGUGAAAUCGACAUCGUAGCGAGCCCCAUAGGAGAGGACCCUGCCAGCUUUUCUGUCACAUAGGGGACUGGAAGCUGCUAAGGGAAUUGUCGCCCUUAGAACGGCAUCAUUGGGCUCCUUAGAAUCUAGGGCAUUUGAUGGUUCGCCUCGGGGCAGGGGACAGGAGCACCCUAACGUUGCGACCCGUAGGUGGAGGGUUCCAAUCCCGGCAUGUGCUAGUACCUGAGCACUCUUGUUUUGGCCGCUCUGUGAUUGUCGGUGAUUGGGGCCGCGGCCGGGGGCCGGCUCUAAACCGUGACCCCUGGCGCGGCCCCGGGAGGGAGGGCAGGGGCCCGCGCCGCACGCCCGUCCCGGACCGCCGAGUCGUCGAUAACACAAUAGCCACCCUGUCGUACUGUAGCUCCGGAGCUGAUUCGAAAAUGUCGCUGAAAUCGUCCGCGCGCCGCGCCACUAAACGGCGCCUGCGCCGUUUAGUUUUGUUUGUAUUCUCAGGGGACAUUGCAGGUACUUGUUUCCGCGUUCUAGUCUAACGGUUCAGGUAAAAUCGCCCGGUUAUAUAUUCUCUUCAGUCUACAGGGUUGCGCGUUAUUGUCGCGUACGUUGGUAAAUUUGUUGAGUUUUCCUUGUGCGUAUUCUCUGUAUGCAGUAGUGCUGUAGUUGUUAGCGCUUCUCAUGUGUUGACCAGUGCGCUGACGUCGCAUUUUGUAGGGUGUUCGGCUGCUUGGCAAUUAUUGUAAUUCCUGUAACGAUUGUGCCAAACGUACAUGCAAAACCACUGUUUUGAUUUGCACUAGUAACCACUCCAUAUGAGAGACUAGGCGCUUCCCGUCGAUAAUGAGCGUAGUGUCUUGUUUUCUGUCUGAUAGUACCUGAUAUAGAGCAUAGUGAAUAAUACUCAACUAUCGAACAAUACUGUAGUACAACGCUUCCUAUUUUACAUUUAGUGCCGCUGUUUUUCUGUAGUGAUGUACUGUCAUGGUUUUGCUGCGCGCCGGUUCUUCGGCUCCUAUUUUUGUUGUAGACUGUUUCGUUUUGUGUUGUUCGCGCUGCACGCCUGAGGCCCUGCUCUGCCCCCUCCCCCAGGGGACGUUGACGCGACCCCUCUAUCGUCUCAGUUCGGUCAGCUGAUGUUUCAAAUCUUCUCCGCUCCAUACGGCGCGCCGUGUACAGAGUGUAGGGCCGCGGGCCGACCCAGAUGGAUGUUGUCGAGUAGUGCCGUGUCUGUGCAGACUGCAGGUUGACCAGCAAUACUGGCGCGCGCCGACCGACGGCGGCCGACCGCGCCGCCGCGGCGCGUACACGUUUUAUACUAGAGUGUUAGGCGCGCCGCACGGCCGCUGUACAUGCUGUGUACGAUAAGUGUCGUAGCAUCGGUCGCCGCCCGGCUGUGACCCGAAGUCAGGUCGCCAGCAGCCGCUCCGACCUUGCCGCUGUCGCCUCCGCCGCCGCCGCCACCUCAAUUAGAGCCAUCACCGUCCCUUUCGCCGUCAUCGCCGCCCAAAAUAGCCUGCCCCGCGCAGCCAUCGGUAAUUGUUAAGGCAUCGGCGGUUUGCAGGCGGUGUUCGUCGGCGUCCAUUCCACCGCAAGCCAGCGCUGGCGCCGUGAUCAUUUGACAAUAAUUCAGUUAUUUCUGUACGGUGUGACGUCAGAACGGCGGCCGAGGUGCGGGCCAGCGACCGCCGCCACCGCCGCCGCCGCGCGGGCGCGCCACCCAGUGAACUUGGCCCAGUUGCGCGCCACAUACGCCGACGUGCCGCGCCGCAAUCGCCGCAGACGCGCCGGAAAUAGCCUACUGUCGUGGCGCGCCGAUCACAAACCGUCCCUGCGGCGUCUGGGCCUCCUCGGCCGUUUACGUCAGCACUGCAACGCGAGCUCAAAAAGCAGCUAACUGUCGAAACCGAGACCGAGCUUUGUGCGAAAUCAGGUCAGAAGGCGCGGUGCGGUACACCGUUUAGCGUUCUGCAACUUGCCGUGCAGUUUUUGCGCUCGUUUUUAUCUCCGGCCACCAGCGACAGCUCGUAAUGGAGUCCCUCAUUGAAGCACGGCCCUGUCCAGUAUCGAUCGGCCGUUGAAGGGGAUUGCGCUGUCGCGUGCUGCGCGCUCGGGGCUGCGGAGGCUGCGGCGGCGGCGGAGCACGGAAUGGGAAAGCCACAGCUGGCUGCGGGCAGCUCGCAGCGGCCGGCUGGGGGUCUGAACGGGUCACAGCCGACGGCGACUGGAACUAACGCGGGCAGAUCUGGGCUUAGUAGACAGUAUUGUGUAAGAACGCGCUUCCAGGAAUAAACGUAGGAGCCGACA